CUUUCUGUCACAAGUCUCAAAACUCUGUUGUUGCGUUGUCUGAUUCUCUCUGAACCGGAGCGUGACCGGCGAGCUUAAUCUCGCCGGAAAAUUGCCCUACGCUGGCUGGAAUCUCCAUGUUUUCCGGUUUGAGCUACCAAUUUUGAUUCCUUUCUCUUGCCCUCACGUUUUCUCGCCAGUGUUUGGGGUCCUCAGAAACAAUCAAAAGUUAAAAGAAUAAACAAAAAUAAAUUUGCUUUUCUUCUUUUUGUCUGAGGCUUGCUACAAGAUUCAAUUUUUUCCCUCUCUCUCUCCCCUUUCAAGAAUUUCCUAUGAUAAGGUUGUUGAAUUUUGUGGAGAAACUGAGAAAGAGAGAAAUUAUUGGUGCUGGAGAGAGACGGUGUUUGAAAUUGAGAUGAGGAUGAGUAGAGUUCAAAGAAGCUAGCAAGUGGGAAGUUUUUCAGCAAUAUUACUCUUUUUAUAGAUUCUCUGGACUCUGAGGCUGCAGGAUGCCUUUUCAAAUCAUGGAUCAGAGGGGUGUUUCUGCCUCAUCUCACUUUUUUGAUGACAUCUCCUUUCGUUCUGAGAGGAAUGUUGGAAUAAGGAAGCCAAAAUCCAUUAAUGAACAAUACCCACAAGGGAAGAAUGGAAUUGUAGCAUCACCUGGCAGCAUUUUGAAUGCUUCAUCACCCCUUGAUGUAACUGCAAAAUCUGGCUUGCUGAUGUCACAAACUAGUCUAUCUGGGGAGAAUAUAGAUUCCAAGGAAUCAUCGCAUUAUCAUCCCAAAUCAUGGUCUGAUGGUUUUCUACAGUCAGCACCUACCUCACAUGGUUUAAUUGGGAGCAAGAUUGUCACCAAUGCUGCCCCUUGUGAAAGUAGUUUAUUCUCAAGCUCACUGUCUGAUAUAUUUAGCCAAAAGUUAAGGUUAUUUGGGAAUGAUGUUCUGUCUGAUCAGCCCAUUACUGCUGGUUCUCCUCCUGAGGAAGAGCCAUAUAAAUCUCUUGAAGAAAUGGAGGCUGAAACUAUAGGAAAUCUCCUUCCUGAUGAAGAUGAUCUGUUUUCUGGGGUUGUUGAUGAGUUAGGAUGCAGUUCUCAUACCAGAGCGAAUGAUGACUUUGAAGAUUUUGAUUUGUUUAGCAGUGGUGGAGGCAUGGAGCUGGAAGGAGAUGAACAUUUAAGUUCAGGAAAAAGAAUGAGUGGUUUUGAUGGAGAUUAUGGUUUCUUUGGAGGUUCAAAAGGAAAACUUCCUUUUGGUGAACAGCCUUCUAGAACACUUUUUGUUAGAAACAUUAAUAGCAGUGUUGAAGACUCUGAGCUAAAGGCUCUCUUUGAGCAAUAUGGAGAUAUCCGGACCAUUUAUACAGCCUGUAAGCAUCGUGGAUUUGUCAUGAUUUCUUAUUAUGACCUAAGGGCAGCACAAAAUGCAAUGCAAGCACUUCAAAAUAGGCCAUUGAGGUCUAGAAAACUUGAUAUACAUUAUUCAAUCCCAAAGGUCAAUGCUCCAGAGAAAGAUAUUGGUCAUGGUACACUGAUGCUAUCUGCUCUUGAUUCAUCUGUUUCAAAUGAUGAACUUAAAGAGAUUUUUGGAUUUUAUGGAGAAAUUAAAGAAAUCUACGAAUAUCAAGAAAUGAAUCAUCACAAAUUUAUAGAGUUUUAUGAUGUGCGAGCCGCAGAAGCUGCUCUUCGUGCAUUGAACAAGAUUGACAUUGCUGGGAAGCAGAUCAAGCUUGAACCUGGCCAUCCUAGGUUUGCAACAUGUUUGAUGCAGCAGUCUCAUAAGGGGCAAGAUGAGCGAGAUCUUGGUCAAAGUAUUAUUGACAACUUAUCUUUGAGACAAAAGGCAACUGUGUCUUCUGGACUAAUUGGGUCUGGCUGCUUGGAAAAUGGAUAUAAUCAGAGGUUUCAAUCUGCAACACGGCAACCUUUGAAUGCAUUUAUUGAUAAUACAUUCUUUCAUGCAAAUUCUGGGAUUCACAAUGCUGUGAGAGGGGCAUCUGCUGGAAAAGUGUCUGGCAUUUGCGAGUCCAGUAGCUUUGUUGAUGCAAUGAAAUUUGCAUCUAGUCCAAGAUUUCACCCUCAUUCCUUGCCUGAGUAUCGUGACAGUUUAGCUAAUGGCAGUCCUUAUAACUUCUCUAGCACCAUUAGCAACAUGGCUAGCAAUAUAGGUGCUGCAGCCACAGAAGCCUCUGAUGGCAGGCAUAUUCCGGGAAUGGGCUCAACUGGGAACUUAGCAGAUUUUAGUUCAGGAGGAAAUGGGAUCCGACCACAUCAUGGACUCUAUCAUAUGUGGAACAACACCAAUUUGCAUCAGCAACCUUCAUCAAGUACCAUGCUUUGGCAGAAAACACCAUCAUUUGCUAAUGGUGCUUGUGCUCCGUGCCUUCCACAGAUGUCAAGCUUUGCAAGAACACCACCUCAUAUGAUGAGAACACCACAUAUUGACCAUCAUGUCGGAUCAGCACCAGUUGUCACAGCGUCACCCUGGGAAAGGCAAAAUUCCUACUUGGGAGAGUCCCCUGAGGCUUCUGGUUUUCGCUUGGGUUCUCUUGGAAGUGGAGGUUUUCAUGGUUCCUGGCAAUUGCAUCCACUGGAUUUUCCUUCUCACAACAUGUUUUCCCACGUUAGUGGAAAUGGCACUGAACUGACAUCCAAUGCCGGACAGAACUCUUCUAAGCAGUUAUCACAUGUUUUUCCUGGGAGACAUCCUAUGUCUUCAAUGUCAAAAUUUGAUACUACCAAUGAACGAAUGAGAAAUCUUUAUCAUCGUAGGAGUGAAGCAAACACCAACAACAUUGAUAAAAAACAAUAUGAACUCGACUUAGGUCGCAUACUGCGUGGGGAAGACAGCCGAACUACACUUAUGAUAAAAAAUAUUCCCAACAAAUAUACUUCAAAGAUGCUUCUUGCUGCCAUAGAUGAGCAAUGUAAGGGAACUUAUGAUUUUCUGUAUUUACCAAUUGAUUUCAAGAACAAAUGUAAUGUUGGCUAUGCAUUCAUAAACAUGAUUGAUCCUGGUCAAAUCAUUCCUUUCCACCAGGCUUUCGAUGGUAAAAAAUGGGAGAAGUUUAACAGUGAAAAAGUAGCCACACUUGCAUAUGCCCGAAUUCAAGGAAAAGCUUCUCUUAUUGCUCAUUUCCAGAAUUCAAGCCUGAUGAAUGAAGAUAAACGUUGCCGUCCUAUUCUCUUCCAUACAGAUGGGCCAAAUGCCGGUGAUCCGGUAAAUCAAGUUUGUUCUUCAGUUAUAUAUAUUUUUCAGUUCCUAACUGUACUUUACCAAGGAGCUAAAUCUACUGUAUUACAUCUAUGUUUCCCCCAUAUUUUGCAUCAUAUAUAUGGUUUUACUGGUAUUCAUGGGAACCUAUUGCCUGGUAUAGUUAAAAUGACGUGUUUGAUUCCAAUUAGAGGGGGAUAACAUAAUUUUCAAUCAUAGUUAACCAAGAAGAUUUUAUAUUUGGUUUCUAUAUCCUGUUCCUACCCUGGUACAACAAUGAUCUAUUUUGUGUCUGCAGGAGCCUUUCCCUAUGGGCGCCAAUAUUAGAUUGCGACCUGGAAAAUCUCGCACUUCUGGCAGCGAAGAAAAUCGCAGCCAAGGGAGUCCUUCAACUUUGGGAAGUGGAGAGGAGUCUGCUAAUGGGAUAGAUUCUUCAAGAAACUCUGACUGAUAUGGUCUGGGGCACUAACUGUUCAACAUUGCAGCAUAAUGUGAUAUCAACCUCCCAAGUGUGUAUAUUGACAUUUUCCUUUUAUUCAAGAGAGAGAGGUAGGAGUUGGAGCCAGGAGGAAAAGAGGCUCACAAAUUUUUUGGCCUAUAGAGGAGCCUUGAACACAAGUUUUUUUGAGGCUGAGGUACAUAACCAAAAUGAAGUAACUGAUUCUAGUAAUUUUUUCUUUAUUUUCAUAAAUUUUUUGCAUUGAGUCCUCCUACCUUUCUCACAAGUUUAGAGAAUGGCUUAACUGAAGCUCAAAAUUUUGGCUAGCUGUGAACGGACGAUGUCACAAUUUGCAUCGAGUUCCCUUCAGAAUUGCGGGGUUCAAGGGGACUUUGCUGAUUUUGUUCUUCAUUAUUGUUGUCUUCUUGUUUAUAUGUAUUUGUUAUUUUAUUUUAUAAAUUCCAAGGCGUUUGUGCCCUUCUGGGAUCAUUUUUUGACUUUUUGUCCAUAGAAGUGAAUGUUGAGGAACAUUUUAGUUUUAUGUUACGUGUUAUUUUAGAUUUUGC